GGAGAACCGAAAGCAAUACAACAAUGUAAACAAACUCUUGAGUCGCGCUUAGGUGGUUGCUUGCCCUCCUCUGACAAAUUUAUCGUAUGAAUAUAGAUUACAUGGUGUAUGAUUACCACAGAACUUUGAAGGAGAAUCAGGAGGUAGAGAGCCACACUUAUAUCGGAAGAGCUUCGAAAAAUAUCGAUGACUGCCGCGGCAAACGUUUGUAAUGUCAGCGUGCAAGAAACCAUUCAUGGUGAGUUGUUCAUGUACAAGCUAUAUACAAACCUUCGCCAUUUUGAUUUUCGUUACAUCCAUUUGGGACUAAAGAACCAGUUCGCACAUGGAGUUAUACGUUUAAAAUAAGACCAAGGGAACCUGAAAAAUCGAAUAGAAUUUUAUUCGCGAAAUUACUUUGACGGCGAAACCGCCUUUGCCAUGUACAGUCAACCCUGUUUUGCGUAAGUGAACCAGACGUGUAUUCAUUGCGAAUAAGUUCAGCCUCGACUCUCUGUAAAAGAUAAUCAAUAAUAUAACUGGUCUAAACACACGUACACAUUGUGGUAAAUCAUGACUGAAGAUCAAACGUUGAUUUUUCGAGUGAGAAGCUCAUGGCUAAUUCUUCAAGUGGAAAUUCGAUUUGGCUAGCCAAAUUAAAAUUAAAAUCUGUUCUGAAAUUGCGCCGUUUCUCGUUUUUCCUCAAUUGUAAAAUACGUUCUAUGGUAAAAACAAGAAGGCCUAAGCGAAAAAUAAAAUAAUAUGCCGAGAUGGAAUCGUUGUUUUAUUGAUUUCUUUCAUGUAGUACACAAGGCAUUUUUCUGAAAGCAUUUAUUUUUAAAACAUCUGCAAUGCAAUUAGUUGAAGACAUUUCGGGGAUUCCCCCAAUGGUGACAUUAAUUUAGUUUCCAGUCUCCUUUGGGGUUGUUUCCGGUCGUCUUUAAUCUAAAAAUAAAUAAUCUUAAUUAAUUUGAUGUUAUAUUUAUAAUUUUAUAUAUACGUCGCCUCGUUCACAUUUUUACGCACUCCUUGCUCGGGUUGUAAAAGAUUAUACGGAGCUUUAUCCAACCAUGACGGAAAUAACAGUGGAAGCGUAACAACACCUUUUACGGAGAACGUAAAACAAACGAUGAAAAAUUUAUCUUUCUCAUUCUACUGCUGAACUUGGAUGCAUUGCCAAAGAUGACGUUUUGGUUGCCGUGGCUAUCGUGGUAAACUGAUCCACCAUUUGAUUUUUGUUUUCUUUCUUUUUAUUUUUUCUCUUACUCGUACUACCGCAAGGAUCAGUUUACUGUUUUUUUUAAAUUUGAUAUUGGAGAUUUUUCUGAUCCAGGUCUACCCAAGAUCCGCUGACCUCACUGUUUUGUUGCUGUGGUUUUACCUAUAUUUAAUAUUUUUUUUUACUUACAAUCCCUAUUGCACAUUUACUGCAUGCGACGAUAAUUGCAAAGGUGGGGCGAGCAACGGUGUUGAAUUUAGCAUCUUCUGUCUAUUUUAUUUUCAAAAGCCCCUCAUCCAACAACAAGUACACUCAGGGCAAGAAGAGCCCGCAUGGAGAUACUACACCAAUGCAGACAGCUGUCAGACGACAUUCGUUUUAGCCAAUCAAAUGGAUAUCCUGUAAAUCCGUGCGUAACACAGACUUCCUACCCCUUCCUGGUGGUGCAGUUUGUUGUCGCGGUCAAGGAUGAAGAAACGAACGAAAUCUGGGAUUGUAACGCGACACCAGACUUCCAUCAAAUUCUUAUCACGGUAGGAAGAGUGUAAACAGAUGGAGUUAACCCAAACAAUUUGUUUGACUAACCGUUUCAAACUUUAUCUAAAUGUCUGGUUUUACUGUUCUCAUUUACGAGAUAUGUAGCUAUAUGUUAAUUGCUCAAUACUGAGCAUUUGGAGCUGUUUCAAAGUGUAGCAACGAAGUCUACAAAGUAUCUGUAAUAUCUUUGGUGUAUCCUUGUCGACCAUGAGAAUUUGAGUGAUUUUGUGUCCGCCUGUUGCAAAAUAUUUGAAUCACUCAAACUUUCAUUUUGGAGCCAAACGAACGAAAAUCCAGAACGUUAAGAUACUUCCACGUUUCUUUAGUAUUCACACAACUUUUACGCUAUUCUUUGUGGGCACAAAGAAAGUGAAGUUCGCACUGAUAAAGAAGCGACCAUGACAUGAACUUUUAACAACAAGCAUGGUCUUUUCGGACUCGUCACUACGUUGGACCUUCCAAUUAACCCUCCCCUGGGCUAUUGACCUCCUCCUCCUCCGCCGCCCAGAUAUGUGGGUCUUCACGCUCGUUCGUAACAACAAAAAGUCAAAAGGGAAGUGUAUUUGACAAUUAUUAGAUAUGAAUUUCCUUUUUUAAAUACUUGAAUUCUUUCUUUCUUCUGUUUUACAGAGGGAUAGAAUGUUCAGGAUUGCACCGGAAGUAAGUGAACCUUGCUGCUUUGUGUUGUCUCAAAGCGUUGACUGCAGGAAAAAGCCUCUUCCGCCAUAUGCUGGAAAUCUAGUAUUUAUGUUGCCGGUGAGGCAUGAGAUGCCUUCUCACUACGCUGUUAGAAUUAAGCUGUGCAAAGGAGUAGACCCUCGUGAUUGCCAAGGUACUUUUACGCAACCAGAUAGUUACUUUAUAUUAAUCAGCGGUCAAGAACUCAAGGAGGACUGACUAAAAUCUUGUAAAACAUUUCAACAAGCCAGCUUUCCUUUUAAAAUAACACAGUGCGCUUAGAGCUUAGCUUUAGCCAGUCUUUACCAGGGGAAGAACUUGGUGCCAUGUGAGAAAAAGGGCGUUCCUGAUUGCUGAGCAGUUGGACGUAUUUUAAGAAAUUUGGGCCCCUAAAAACUUUUCCACUAAGAGUGAUGAAAAGUUCAAAACCCUUUUCGUUCUCCCGAAAAUUCUCCUUUUUAGGCUCUACCAAAUUACCAUACAGUGGAAUGGCCUCAAGACAGAAAGGGUUGUAAAAUGUGGUGGUUUUUUUGACAUGUGUGCUCAAUACACCAGCCCACGAAAUUUGGAUAGUUUUAAAGUAAAUCCUACCACUGAAAAGGGCUACAAGUUUAAGAUACGUAAGUUUCAAAGGCUGCUUACUGUACCAUACGUACCAGCUGCGAUAACAUUUUUUUGUUCUUUCUCUAGUUUUGGAUGAGCUUCAGUUCCUCAUUGAAUCACACAAAAGAGGCUCUAAACUGUACGACUUUCAGAGCGGAAGAACAAUCACAGAAGUGGAAAAGCCAGUGCCCAAAAUUCAGAUGCAAGGUAUACGGCAGUCCCCUUUGUUGGCUUUUGUUACCCCCGACCUUACCGGAAGGCACAAGAUCGCAUCGACUGAAACCAGGGGUUUGGUUGUAGGGUUUGCUGUAGUCUUUCUCCUCGGAAACCUCGUUACUAAAACAACCAUGUAUCACUGCUAUUCAAAUUUUGGGACAUGUACUGUAGUCUUGAACACAGAGUAGCUUGAGGGGCGCAGAACAUUAAGGGAAGGAAAGUUUCCCGCGUGACCCUCGUAUCCAACCCACUGUCGAUCCGAAGAUGUGUGAAUUAUCCCACACCCACCCCACCCCACUCCCUCACUUCCCCGUAAAAAAUGAUAUAAUACAGUACUUCAACAAAAAUAUUGUUUGAAUUAGGUGUUCUCGCUGGCGAAAUGGGCAAAGCCAUCAGGAUGCACUUUCAAAACCUCGGCGAUAACGGUUUGUAUAAACUAUUUUAAACUUGUUUUGCGUAUUCAGUCCAGGGAAGGCGAUUAUCGUAAGACCACUAUAACUCGCGAACUUUGGUAAGAAAUGGCAGACGUGUUUGAAACACUUGUAAUAAAAAAAAUACUACUGAGAUCAGAAUAGAUGAAAUACCGAAGGGGAUCUCCCCUGUGCGCUAUGUAUUACAAUGCUCUGUAUUCCGAUCAUGCUAGUUUUCUGGAAAUAAAGAAAAACAUCGAUGACAUUUUAUAGGUGAGUACAAUCAGUUCCUGAGAGAUCAAGGCAAACUUGUUGCGCAGGUAAACGGGAAAGUCAAGUAUCAGGAUCUCCUGUCAGCUGUUUUACUUGAGGUAAGAGAAUGAAUCGAGGCAAUGGAUGAUUUUUAUCAAACCUGGCUUUUAUCAGAGGAUUUGGUUUACUUGGAUAUCAAAUGAGUAUUUGAUGCCUCUCGGUGUUUGGAUAUCAGAUGAAACACUCAUUCUCGUGUUUGAUUUUCUCGAUGUUUUGAUAUCAAAUGAAACACUCUUAGUCGUGUUUGAUAUACCACUUUCCAUUAUCUGGAUAACAGAUAAAACUUUCCUUCUCUUGUUUGAUAUAUUACUACUCGUUGUUCGGAUAUCAGAUGAAACAUUCAUUUACGUGUUUGAUUUAUUUCUUCUCGGUGUUUGGAUAUCAAAUGAAACACUCCUUUUCGUGUUUGAUAUAAUACUUCUCAGUGUUUGGAUAUCAAAUGAAACACUCCUUUUCGUGUUUGAUUUAACCAUACUCGGGGUUUGGAUAUCCGACGAAACACUCAUUUUCGUGUUUGAUAUAAUACUUCUCGGUGUUUGGAUAUCAAAUGAAACACUCCUUAGCGCGUGUAAUACACUGAUAAUUCUCGGGGUUUUAUCAAAUGAGUAUUGGGCGCUUCUCGGUGUUUAGAGAUCAAAUAAAACACUCCUACUCGUGCCUGAUAGAUUACUUCGAGGUCUAUGGAUAUCAGGAUGUAACACCUGUUCUCGUGUUUAAUAGAUAACUUGAUAUGUACAUCAUGUUAUUUUCUUUCCUGAAGGAAGCGAUCGUAGAUUUUGGGCAAAACAAAAUGGAUGAUUGUCUGGCGAAGUGUUGGGAGGUCCAAGCUCAAGCAAUGCGUCAUAAUUCAGGAAACUGGCCGUUUCUUUUGACGAAAGCGUUUUACAUAAUCUCUGCUGUGUACCGGAAGGCAAAAGAAUUUGACAAAGCUGACGAAUAUAUGGAAAGAUCCUCUGAGGUAAUUACCUUAAAAAUUAAGUUGAUUUGUGGAAAAGCGUAUUAAAAGUUAGUUUUUCUUGUAAAGAAAUUUUUCAGUUUAAUGCCCAGAUAACACCACUAAAUAGUCGCACCCAGUAGUUCGCGAAACCUUGUGUGAGGUUUGGAACCAAUAGUGAACUGCCGUAACGGAGAGGUGUCGGCGUGUCCGCAUUAUGAAGAUGUUCAUAUUAAGAACUGGUUGGACCCAGGACUGUGCUUUAUUUUGGCGAAUCAAGCCGAGCCCAAAAAGGCUGAAGACAUAACAAGCCGAGUCCCUACCCUUCUGCUUCUAUGUCCAGAAAUACAGGCCAAUAAGAUGAGUGUACCUUGUUGUUGUAGUCAUAAAGUUUCCCCACGAAAAUAUUUGUCAUAUUCGAAGUGAUAUGAAAAAGGGGUUGGCAAUUAAGCUCCCACGAGUCUUCUGUAGCUCAAUGGUAGAGCAUCUGGACUAUUAAUUAACCAGGUCGUGGGUACAGCUCCUGUUGGUAGUACUCGGAUUGUUACUUUCGAGCCCGAGUUAGUGACUGAAAUAACAUCUUUGUCGGGGUUGGUAUUUCUUUAAAAAACACCGCGGUCCUUUUGAUUUUUCCUAAGUGUUUGGAGCCUGCUUUUUUGAGUGAAGAAACCGCUGUAAACAGAUACAACGCGGCUGCCCUAAUGGUGGAAAAAUCAACUACACGCGACCUGACACCUGAAGAAGAACGGGAAGUGGAGAGACUCUUUGAAGAGGUGGCGGGAAUUUGGUCGCAGCAGAGAGAGAACGAAACACUGAGAUGCGUGAUAAGGAGCUACAACAGAAUGAUCACUUAUUUUUUGAACACAUCUCACUCGGCGUUUCCAGAUCUGAGGUUCGUUUCGUUGAACUAUCAGUAAAAAAACACCUUGCAUUAAUAUAUCGUUUUAUAGUUCCCGCCCUCAGAAUAAAUGCUCUCCCUGUCUCCAAUAGCCUGUUGUAGGCUCCAAGAUAGUGGGGAAAGAGGAUCGGAAAAAACCCGCGUGAGGACUGUGAGAUUCUGGCACAGGCCUAGUCUCCAACAUAUCCUUGGCUUGAGCGAAGCGUUCAACGUUGAGUCCAAACAUUGACGAAUUUCAAGGAUGCACUGACAUGAAACGGACGUUUUUUCUCUUUGUAGGAAACUUGUCACUGAGGCGAAGCUUGCCAAAGCUGAUGAAGCCAUUCAAAAGUUCGAAAAAAACUUACUUCCUCAUUCUCCCAAGAGGUUGGAAGCCAAAUUCCUCAUCGGUAAAGCCGACUACUACAUUCGUCGAGCUACUAGGAAGAGAAUAGAUAUAACGCAACAUCAGCGAGCUACUGAUUUUCAGACAGGUACAUUAAACAUUUAUUUCUCUGUUAUGGACUGUAAAGGCAAAACCGUGUACUCCUUAGAAUAAGUGCUUGAGUAGCCCUGCUUUAAUGAAGUGGAUUAAGACUGCAUGUACAGUUCAAAGGAUAAAACCACUACCUUGUCAGUACAAUAUAAUAAGAAGCCCUUGUUCGGAUCUACAGAUCCAGUGAAACUAACGCUUAAUAGAUUUUCACCGUGCGUAGGUUUAAAAAGUUAAUUGAGAAGUACUCAAUCUACAGAUAGUGAGAUUUUCCACGGAAUUAAUCGCCUCUUAUAUCACUUCAUAUUAUAUUUUUUCAUCUAUAGCCACCACUGUCCUUGAAGACGCAAUGCGAAUAUCUCAGCAACUCGGAAUGCAGAAGGAGAUAGAUGGGAUACGAGACCGAAACGAAACCAUUCAAAAUCUCACUCAGAAUGGUUUAGAUUGGCUCAAUGAGCGACUACCGCAGAACCCACCACCUCCCCGUGACCCUCGGGAAGUGAACACCAAUGAUCUGGAUGAUUUGCUGCAGAACAUGUUCAUUCAAGAAAACGAAUAAGACGGGUUAUCGUUUGAGUACAAUAGUGACAAAAGCCGGUAAAUGAUGUAAGAGGAAUUUCUCGUGCGCUUAUUGUUCGAGAGCUACGCUCGAUGAGCGUAUAGACCACGGAAAUGAGAGGCUAGUGGCACAAUUUUUUUCCCUCUUUCUUACGCGCGAGAUUUCCGGGAAGCUUCAACGAAAAUUGAUGUUAAAAACUCUACAGUGAAACCACACUCGCCUGCGACCCGUGGUUUCCCUUCGAGUUUUGAUGUCAUUUCUUUGAUCGAUAAGAGUACAGAACAUGGAACAUUAUCGACGAUUUAUUAAUUCGAAUUAGUAGGUCUUAAAUGAAGUGAAAGACUAUGGAUUUUAUUGAGUGUAUGCAAUAUUCAUUCCGAACAAUGGAAUUCUGGGAAGAUGACAAUAUAUUUCUUUAUAGUCUGGACUGUUUAUGUUAAAUAUUUUCCUUCCCAGAAAACCGUUGAUUUGUACACCGUUUUUCUCGUGGCAACUGUGGCUUUUUCAGCCAUAGUUUACUAAAUAGAUUUAUUUUGUUAAAUAUUGUCGGUAGUAUAAUUAAACGGGCGUACAUUAUAAAGAA